CAUUCUAUCCUUCAACCUAGUGACUUUAUCACUAACAGAUUAAUGCGCAGCCUAUGCAAAUAAAGAAAUAUCUUCCGAAAAAUUAUCUAGCUUAUUUGAACUACGUAAAAUAAUUUUUUUAAUGCAAAUAUUUGGGCUACAUUUCGCGCCCUUAAAUAUACGCCCUUUCCUUUAGACAUCUAGUCCGGGGGAGGGUUCCAUGUCAGUCUUUCACAAGACUGCUCAGAGGGCGAUCAGAGCAGAAGUGAGGGAUGGUGCCGUGAGCCGAUCUAUGCAAACGGCGCCGCCAUGACAGAUUGGUCCGCUCCUAUUCGUAGUACUUUGCCCUCCACAUACAAACAAUACUGGCGUAAGCGGUAAUAUUCAAAAUGGUUCCUAUUUUCAGGAUUUUGCCGCAUAGCUGCGAAAUGCACGACAAGUUUCACGUUGACUUUGUUACAAAUCGCCAUUGCGGGAGGCUAUUAAUCUAGUAGAUACAAAGCCAGACUGCAGCAAACGUCCGCCAUCAAACGAAAUCACUCUUUGCCUGAAGGCCCAGAGGAGACAGGAUCGACGAAGAAAAAGAAGAAGUACCCCGAGAGUGAACUCGGAUUUGAUAGUUCGAAUUUAAAGUAAUAUUUCAGUGAGUUUUUUGGCCGCGUACGCCACCCCAGCGUCGUCGGAGAUGCUCUCUAACCGCGCGUAGUGCACAGCGUCUCAAUGUGAGUACCCUGACGGCUUAGCGAUGACGCUGCCAGGUUCGGCCCGAAAAAUUACGCUAGUGUAGCUGCCUGAUUGGUCACUCCAUCGCUUGUUAGCUCCGCUGGUUCGUCGGAGGAACGGACGGACGGUUGACUAAUCAGUUGGUGCUGUUGUACUAAUACUACUGUUAUUAGCGAUGGUCGGCGGCAACAGAGAAAUAAGCACUGACGAUCAUAACAUUAUCAGUGUUAUCGACAAGUAUUUGCAGUGGUAACAGAAGUGUAGUAGCUAUCAGUGGCUCGAAAAGUGGGGAAGCCAACAGCGAUAUAUACGCAUAUAUGUGUGUAUAUAUAUCGACUGUCACAAUUGCAACACCAGUGGCGGCUGCAGCCAGCAAAUAGAGAAACACGGCACACACGUUUCGGCGCCUACCCCUGAACGGACCUAGAAUACGGCGGGGUUGCCCCGAGCCUUAGACAAACACCCGUUCAACAGCACAGACAGCCUGUCGUGUAUAUAGGUUAGAGUGUGUGUGUGAGUGAGUGUGAGUGUGUGUGUGUGUAUGUGUAUGUGUAUAUAUGUGUAUCUUAUGCGUGACUACGACACGCCAAUGAUGGUGAUGAAAGACAACGGCUACUUACUACUUCCACUACCACCAAUAAUGUUAAUAUCUGUGCAGAUAUUUCGAAGAACGAAUAUCGUAAACGAAUCGAUUGAUCGUCUGGGUAACCGGCUAGUUAGUUGGUUGCCUAUUUAAUUGAUUGCUUAAUCUAUUCGAAUCAGGAAAAAUCUCCGUCAGUGGUGCUGUUCUACCGAAACGGCUAAUCGGACCUAGCAUGGCAUUUUCAGAGCUUAUUUACACGCCCGUUUGCCUGUAAACUCCUGUAAAUGCGAUCUUUUUAAGUUGAGUUCAACUUAAUGCAGAGACGGCGGUCAAAGUGAGAAUGGUCUAUAGGCGAUAAAUGAAAGCGACAGCAGAAAGAAGUAUCCAUGCUCUCAGUCGGGUUGAGAAAAGACACUCUACGAAUUGAUAGAGCUGCUCUCCAACGACAUAUAAUCAUUGAAACAUCGACGUACGCAAGUAGCCUUUGUGUUGUUGCCACUAACUGACAUCAGUUACUGGAUUUAUCACAUUAGAUGUAGCAUUCCUGCCAUAAAUAUUAUGAUUAUUACUAAUAUUGUUAUCAUUACUGUUAUAAACUGUGCUCUGUUCUAUUCCUGAUGUUUCGUGGUUUAGCUGCUGCUGCUGCUGCUGAUAAUGUUAGUGUUGCCAAAACACACGAAAGUGUCGCCUUGGAUUUCUCGCUCACUUCGACGAUUAUGAUGACCUGUUUGCUUCCGUUGUAGUACUCAUAGUCGUAGCAGGAAUUUGUAGUUGCUGGCAGCGAUUGUGUAAUAGGGAAAAAAUCGGUCAUCUCUGCGUCAUCCUUGUUGCUCAGUGUUAUUGUUCUUUUGUUGUUAUCGUUGCUGUUAAUAUUCCGAUCUACUGUUGGUCGUCGUUCGCGGUCGGUGCUGCCAGUCUUUCUUUCGCGGGUGUGAUUGUGUGCUCCUGACCUUCCAGAUGUCUCCGUAAGUUGAUUUCUGUGCGUUUCGGUGUGCUUCGUUUCUGUGUGCGCCUGUUUCCCUCGCUCUAGCGUGGUAUGGAUUACUGCGACAGUCGCUAUGCCGUUUGUGCUUCUGAUGCCGUUGUGAUCGUUUGUGGGUUCGCUGAACUUUGUUGUGGCGGCGCCGCCGCCACCGCCGCCGCCGUCACCGUCGCCGCCGCCGCCGCCACCACCGCCGCCACCAUCGCGUUACUUCAGUAUAUCGUUGCAGUAGUCGCAUAGAUGAAAUGGUGUCGGCAGCCGAAGCCAGUCAUUGGAAGCGACACUAGUCGGAUAUGUUACAGUUAGCCGCGCUGGUGUUACCAGGAUGCACCAGUGCUUAAGUACGGAGCAAUAGACCCUGCCGCUGGCGGCUCCGCGGCGCUCCGUAGGGCAGCUGAGACAGGUAGGUGGCUCCGUGUUGGUUGCUCAGAGCCAGCUGUAUCAUAGGUUGUGGUGCUGCCUGAUUGGGCUUGCUGGUGUGGCCGUGUGGGGUCCGGGGGGCGAUGCCGGGCGGCGUGUGUGCCUGCUGUCAGCAGCCUCUGCCUUCCAGCGAGCAGCAGCAGCAACAGCAGCCCGGUCAACCGGCCACGACAAUUUGCGCUUCGUGCGCGCUCAGCCAGCACAGUUACAACGCGACAGCCCCUAAUCUGCAACUGCAACAACAGCAAUUGCAUCAUCUCAGCCCACAACAACAGGUUCAGCUGCAAGUGGAACAACAGCUCAACCAUCAUAUUCAUCAACAGCAGCAUGCAGCUGCGGCGGCUGCCGCACAGCAGCAACAGCAACAACAGCUCCAUCAACAACAACAACAACAACAACAACAGCAGCAGCAGCAGCAGGUGACACAGCAUCUACAGCAGCAGCCGCAGCAGGUGCUCCCACAGCAGCAAGUGCAUCCGCAAUCUGCAGCGUUGGCGAGCCACGUCGUCGCGCAGGUCCGACAACCGCAACCACAACAACUGCAACAAAACCUUUCAUCGCAAGCACAGCAGCAACAGCAAAUUAUUCAUCCCCAUCUGCAACAACAACAACAACAGCAACAACAACAGUAUACUCAGUAUGUCCAACAACAAGCCCCUCAACAGCAGCAACAAGGUCAACAUAAUCAACAGCAGAACCCGUCGCCUGGACCUGAUCCAAACCAGAAACUGGUUUUAGCAGGGGGUUCCCCUCAACCUAAUCAACGGGUAGUAGUAAGAACCAAUGGGGCUAUUAAUGUUGCCACCGGAUCUACGUCGUCGUGGGGAACCCAACAACAGCGAGCCGUUGGACAGCCGCGUGUGAUUCACGAUCCUCAGGUGCAUCAGCAGAUUCGCGCGCAUUCUAUUCAGUCACGAAACCGUGCAAAUGGUCCACGUGUGAACGGUCAACCAGCGCCAGCAGCAACACGAUUGCCCGCGACGCGUGUGCAGGUUCAGGUUCCUCAAGGGCACGUUGUGUGCCCUCAGCUACAGCAAACGUUACGUUCUCAACAAGUGCAGCAGCAAUUACAACAACAUCUACGGUUAGGACAGCCACCGAGGCCACGAAUUCUUCGGCAGAGCGCUCCACGACCAGCCUUUCAAGGGCAGCAAGUCCAGCAGAUUCAUUUAAUUCGACAGGAUCAACAGCAGCAAGAUCCGCAACAACGACAAUUAAUAUCCCAACAGCAACAGAUUGUCUGUACAACGGAUCCGUCUGCUGGUCAACAACAACAGCAGCAGCAGCAGCAACCACAGCAGCAGCAGCAGCAGCAGCAGCAGCAAUUCGUACAGCAAACGCAGCUACAACAUUUACAAUCGUCUGCCAGUCAGCCUACGUCUCCACAACGUGUUGUCGUGCGGACGUUCAAUUCGCAUGAGCUACAACAGGCGGCGCCGCACGACUCCCAGCAACAACAGCAGGGCCAGCCACAGCAAGUGCAGGUGCAAUCCGCCGUCCAGUACCAGAGACAAUUGCACCAGCAACACCAGGCCUCGCAACAACAGCAAAUUGUAUACCAGCGACCACAGCAGCAGACGGUUACGCAGCUCCACGUUGUGCGACAACCACAACAACAGCAACAAACCGUACAGUACAUCCAGCAACAGGAUCCGAAUCAGCAGCAGCAACUGCACUACGUUCAACAACAACAACAGCAGCAGCAGCAGCAACAACGAACACAAUAUCAGCAAUCUUUGCAAACGCUUUACCAGCAGCCGCAGCCGCAGCAGCAGCCGCCGCCGCCGCAACAAUCUCAAUAUCAGGCGAAUCAAGGUCAGCAGGCUCGCUUGACCGAUUCGUCGGCGGUAAUCGGCGCUGGGCAGGUGAGCAACGACCAUUAUUAUCAUCAAGGAGCAGCCGUCGUCCAAGCACAACAGCAACAAGUUCAACCAGGAACAGGAGGAAUACAACAAACCCACCAGGUUACCUUCCUUCAGCAAGGCCAGCCGCAAGACUCACAACAACAGCAGCAGCAGCAGGUCGCAGUUGAUGUUCAGGUAGCCCAACGCGGCACAGCAAGCAGUGCUCAAAGUCCCCAAGUUUGGUCACCAAACAGUAUCAGUUCCACUAGCCAUAGUCCACAAGGGCAGCUGUCGUCACCAGCUAUUCGACCGCAGCAGAAUCAACAGCAACAGCAAACCUCACCGCAUCGGCAGGUUCGAGCGAAGAUACUGACUACGCAGCCGCAAGGAAUCCAGCAGCAUCAGCUGGUGCAGGCUACCCAACAGGUCCUUCAACCCGUAAUACAACAACCUCAACCGCAGGAGUUGCAAUAUGUGGUGACCGACCAGUUCGGCCAGGUCGUACCUGUCGUACAGCAGGGCGUAGCAAGCCAGCCGCAGCAGCAGCAUCCACAGGUUUACAAGUUCCUCUACGCGCCUCAGCUGUCACAGCAGCAAUCACCUCAUAAUUCUCAACAAUCACAGCAACAACAACAGCUUAUACAUCAACAACAACAGCAGAUUACCCACACGACGCAGCAGCAAGGGUUGCAGGUGCACGAUUUCUACUCGUCUCAGCAGCAGCAGCAGCAGCAGCAGCAAAGCCAGCAGCAGCAGACUCUGCAGCAAACGAUUCAAGUGCCUCAACAGCAACAAUCUCAAAUAGUACAACAACAGGGCCUUCAGCAACACGUUGUUCAUCAGCAGCAACAACAACCGCAAGUGUUGCAACAACAACAACAACAGCAGCAGCAGCAACAGCAAAGCCAACCUCAGCAGCCUCAACAGUUGUUACAGCAUCCGCAAUUGUUGCAUCAGCAGCAGCCAAGGCCUGUGUUCCAUUCACCCAGGUCCGUUGUUCGUGUUGUACUAGCUCCGAGCGGCUCGCCCGUUCAGCUAUUGCCCCCGCAUCAACCUCAACAGAACAACAGUCAACAGACGUUUUAUUCAAAUAACAACAAUAACAACAACUGCGUACCGCGACCCCAUAGUGUAACCCCGGCGCAGUACCCAUUGGCUAGUCCUUCUCAGACGCCUCAAAUUCGGACUCCAACAAUGAAGGUUACAAAGGCAAAAAAGCCACGCGCACCUGCAAAGAACAAGGGUCGUAGGAGUGCAGCGCAAUCUGGGAUUGGUAGUGGAGACUCCGUUGUGAUGAUCGAGGACGAAGAUGGGGGUAGCCCAGCGAAAAAGAUGCAUCUCUAUCCUCAUCAUGGAGGUCUACAAGAUGGAUCAGGCUCGACUGGCCACCACGAUAACUCGAAGUCGGAUCUCGCCGAUCACUUCUGUCCGGUAACUAUCGUCAGGGAACCAAGUGAGAUCGAUAAGGGCGUUUUCUCUGUAAAAGCGAAGGAAGUCCGGAUCGGGUCAUUCCUUCUCAAAGAUCGCGUUGUCACCUUUAGCAGUAAUCACUUAAAGCUAAAAGUGCGACCAGUUGACUCGAAGUUCGAGGAGGUGGAGCUAGAAUUCGGCAAUGGCGAGAUCAUAAAGGUCGUGUGGGCGCUGGACUAUGAUACGCCAGCAGCUCUUUUUAAUUUUUCGCCUAAUGCCGGAGCGCGUAUUCGAGGCCAGUUGCGCAUGAAGGAUGAUAGUCGCACGAAGAUGAGCAACGAUGCACUGGCACCAUUCUUUGAUCCUAGCGCCACCUCAGAAAAGCGAAAGAGAGUUAUAAUAAUUUUGGAACAGAAACUCCGCGAUCUAGAUAGCGAGCGUAUCCGAAGUUGUUAUCAAAGCCCAAAAGAUUGUCUCAAAAAAGAGUUUGCUGAAAAACUGUUGAGCAUGACAAAGCCGGACUGCCUGGAAUACGAGACCCCGGUACCAUCAACCGCGGGCGAUCCCAAACCAAAAGGCGAUGGCGCGAUGCUGGCGGCUGGGUUUAACUCGAUCAAAAAGCCUGACAUUAGCCGGCCACCGGUCGCAGUGGUUACGCCGAUGAGAAAUAGCGAUGCCCCUAAAUCGUUUAUUUCUGACACGAACGUCACCAUUGUCAAUGCAUCAAACCGGCCUGUAACCGUGGUAAACACUCGUAACAAUUCUAUGGUUACGGCAACAACGCCAGUUCGAAACGGCGUUUUGAGUCAAGACGGUGAUGUCCGCGAGUCGCUAGAUCCCUGCGUCGACCUCUGCCGUUAUCCACCCGAAGGGACAAAAGGUUCGAUGAUCAUCAAGUCGUCCGAUCUUCUGACGCUUGACUCUGAUACGUUCCUCAAUGAUACGGUCAUUGAUUUUUAUAUGAGUUACUUGAAGAACGCCGAACUUCCUAAAGAUCUGUCAGAGAGAGUAUUUGUGUUCAAUACGUUCUUCUACUCGACACUAAACAAAUCGCAAGCGAAGAACCUUACGCCGGAGGAACGAAAGCUUCCAUUGACGAAACGGCGGCACGGCAACGUCAAACGUUGGACGAAAGGCGUAGAUUUGUUCAGUAAAGAUUUUAUCGUCAUUCCGAUCUGUCAGAACUCGCACUGGUUUCUUGUGAUCGUCUGCUAUCCAUGGCUGGUGGCCAAAGCUCGCGGCAUUGACUUGAGUUCUCCGGCUAAGGUAGAGCCCGAUGAGGUGAAGAAAGAGAGCAGUCCCAUGGAGGAUGAUGUCAUAGCUGGGGCAGUUGUGGGCACGACGAAGGGGCUGGUUGCGUAUGAGGACUCGGAGGAUGGCGAAGAUGCAGGUGACGGCACUCAAGCGAAAGAAGAAGAAGUCCCAAAUAGUACGCUUGGACCCGGUGGCGAUACUAAAGGAGUAACGGGGGCUGCGGCCGCUAAUAAUCAGGAAAUUGCCAUGGCUAACGCUGCAGUGGUAGAUAACAAAUUAGCGGCAACGACACCAGCAAAAGCGGCAAUAUACAUAUUCGAUUCGCUUCGGGGAAGCGUCUCGUGCUCCAAAGUCUAUCAAACUGUUCGGGACUAUUUAACAGAAGAAUUUCUUGACAAGAAAAAAAUUGAGUGUCUAUUUGACUAUGGAACGAUGCGCGGUUAUUAUCCAGUAUGCCCACAACAGACAAACUUCCACGACUGUGGUAUAUUUGUUUUAGAAUAUGCAAAGAAGUUUUUACAUAAUCCACUGACAGUAGAACAGGCUAGCAGCUUACAAAACUUUAAAGACCUGUUCGAUCCCGUCACUGUAAUGAAAAAUCGUAGGAUCGAAAUCUCCAACAUUAUCCUCAAGCUCCACGAAGAGCAAUAUCCCACCAGUAAGUUCCGAGCCGAGUACGAGAAAUACACGGCUAGACAGCGCGGUGUGGGCGGCCCCGGUGUAGGAGAGGGCUCGACGUGCCUCAUUCCAUUGUCUGGUGAUCGAUCUCUCCCUGAGGGUAGUCGACUGAUCGUUGUCAGUAACGCAAACAGUCAACAACAACGGCAGCAGCAACAGCAACAAUCUCAGUCCGGAACACCAGCCAGAGAAGGAGCGACACCCAUUCGGGCUAAAUGAGCAGCGAAAAUAAUCACGGGAAUCCUCAACCCAGGACUGUUUCUAGCCAGGCGGUUGUGGAAUGCGGCGAGUGGGUCGGUUAUCGUGAUGAUUUUGCAUAUUCUCAAUAUUUAGCCGGGUGUCUAUAGCUAUCGGCGGUGGUGGCCCGACUAAUGGUAGGUAUUCAUGGUACAUGCUUCCUCAACGAUUGUGGUCUCAUGAAGCCUGUCACAGACAAAGCCAAGGAUGGUAGAAAUUCAAGAGGAAGAGGACUGGGGCUUGUAGGUGCUAUUGCUGUCUAGGCAGAAGUUUGUGCUGGUACUAAAGACGACGCCAGUGGCGACAUGCAGGCACGGUAGUUUCAUCGCUAUAUGCAAAAAUAGCCCAUCAAAUGAUGUGUGCUCGUUGAUCUAUUUCGAAACGAGUUGAAAACGCACUAGCGGUCAUCAUUUUGUUAAUUUUGUGCAAAAAUGGAGGUAUAUGGACCCCGACUAAAUCCGUGUCGUACAGGGACGUAAUGUUUAUUCAUGGAGGUGAAACAUUAGUGCCGAGGAAUCGAUUUAUAUACAUAGCGUUGGUGGAAGAUUAUAUAGAUAUAACUUGUACGGUGAAUGAUGAGCAGAAAGAGCAAGGGCAUGGUUUAAAUGGUCGCUGCAAAUGAGCCAGAACGGUAGAUAAUGAAUAUAUACAUCUAUUAUAUAAAAUAUAUGGAGAGGGUAUUUAAUGUAGAGGAAAUCGUGUGCAGAGGGACACACACACGUAGACACAUACACAUGUACACACACACACACGUACACACACACGUAUACACGCACACAUACACACAC